AUGUCGUCCACCAACAACACUAGUGCAGCUGCCGUGCCCGAGUACCGCAAGAAAGUCGUCAAGACCAUGAAUGAGCAGGAAGCCAAGAAGAAGGAGGGCAUCAACCUUCUCAUUCCACAACCCAGUCCACACGGUCAUGCUCGCAUGUAUCACGACUACAAGUGGACCAACGCCGAACGCAACCGCUUCAACUCAGACGGCACUCUGCCCUUCAACUUCGACAACGUGCCUCCUAACCUCGCUCCUACUCCCAUCGGCAUGUGGAUAUUUGAUGGCAGAGGCAGCACUGACACCUCAAUGCCCGAGAUCGAGGUGGACCCUGUUCCUGAUCUCGAGCGCAACAAGGCUAUUGUGGUUGUCGACUUUGGCAUUCCUGAGUAUCUCUGUAUGAUCCCACCUGGCUUGUGUCGUCUGGUGGCUACAACUCCCGGUAAGGCGCGUCUUGCGAUGAAUGCCUUCACGGCCAGUCACCCCAAUGGCACCCAGGAGCAUUUCCCUGCAGAGUGA